CUGAAGCUAACUGUCGUUCGCCUUCAAAUCGCGGUGGCAAUUUGUUUUGGUUUUCUAAUCAAAAGUCGCUGUUUGGUGAUUUCGAAAAUCGAAUAAUCUUAUCGUGGUUUACAAACAGGAAUAAUUUCAAUCUAGUGUUGUGAUUUAGAGUGUGCGCGAGAAAAAGUGCAAGUGAACGAUGGCAGCCAGCACGACGGACAGUUUCGGUUUCAAUGGGUUGAAAAUUUUCGAAGUGGCUCGCGAUUGCCUGCCGGAUGAGCGCAAGAAGACGCAAAAUCUGCUGGAAACCAAAGACGAUAUGCUGUUCGUGUGGAACUCGAAGAACUGUUCGGUGCUGACGCUGAACUGGCGCGCGGCCAACGUCAAACGGGACGAGCAGACCAAGUAUCAGACGCUAAUACCAUCGGCACCGCAAAACUUUACCGUCGAGAAGAUUCUCCCAUCGACGGAGGCCACCUUCCUGGCGCUGAGCGGACCACGAGGACUUUCGAUCCUGGAGCUGCCCCGCCGCUGGGGACCGAACGGACAGUACCAGAACGGGAAGGAGUGCAUCAUUUGUCGCUCCUACAACCUGGAUGAGCAUCUCUUCACCGAAAACGCAAAUCUCGAAAUCCUGCAAAUUCGUUGGCAUCCGGCAUCACCGACAGAUUCGCACAUCCUGGCCCUCCUGUCGGAUAACUCGAUCCGCGUCUACGACGUGGACUCCCUGCGCCAUGUGUGGCGCGUUGGUCCUUCGCCUACGCUGAUCAACGGUGGCAACAACGGUAGCAAACUGUCCGCCGCAUUCACCGGUACCCCUGGCGGCGGUGGUUCGUCGUUCACCAACAAACUAGUCUAUCUGAGCAGCCUUGGCGAUACGGCCGUUGAUUUUGACAUCGCACCGCCACGUGUGGUUUCGGCCAGCGGCUCUACCGAUAGCGCCACCACCACCGCCAACCUUUCGCUCUCCCUGGCGACCAGCAUGAUGCGAGACAAUCUGAACAUUUCUUCGGUCGCCGUCGUCGGUUCGCCGUCCACUAGAAGCGGCAGCAGCAGCCAGGAUUCUUUCAUCAAGCCCAGGAAAGCCGAGACGGCUGGUAAAGUAGAAUGGCCGAUUGUGAUUCUACGGGGUGACGGAAAUGUGUACAUUCUGUGUGCUGGAAUUGAUACCGACCGACCGAAACUGCAGGGACCGAUUUCAAUCCUUCCACAGGUUGAUGACAACUAUGGGCUGGACUCGUGCUCGCUGGUUGUAAUUCCUUCACUGCCGCCAACCGUUAUAAUUGCCGAAAGUAACGGUAAAACUCAUCACGCUCUACUGCUGGAGGAGGAAUAUCCAACCGAAAGGUCAUUCAACGAGUUGGACUCCAGUCUGGUUAUUUAUCCCUCGGAAUGGUACCUGCAAGUACUGGAAACCGUGGAGCUCGAACUCGGCCUGAUCGGUGUGGACGAAGCCAAAAGUUUCUCUUGUCCGAUAUAUUUGAAACGCGAUCUGCUUAACGAAUCACGUUAUUUCGCCUAUCAUAACGCCGGACUUCACGCAAUCACACUGGACUUCACCAGACAGCUGAAUCAAUUCGUCGAAGCCGACGACGACCUUAGCGAUAAGUAUCCUCUUUUUAACUCUCAAAGCCGUGCCGAGUAUUUAGUUUGCACGAAAGCAUUACAAAAUAUGAACACCAAUGCGGUGUUAGGCUUCGCCUUGCUCCAAUCUCCCGCUGGGAUUCUGCUCCAGUUGGCAUCCGGCCAAAUUGUCACACUUGAUUUAAUCAGUGACCCCAACCUUAUCCGUCAUUGGAAAAUCAAAUCCGGCAACAAGUUCUGUUCUGCGACGGAUUCUCCACUGAAAAAAAUGCUCAGAGAUUCAUUCCAAGAGCGUAUUCAAUCGAUUUUGAAAUCAGGUACUACGCAACCCAUUCUGAAGCUGGAUCAGUCCUCAGAACCAACGCCGCAAGAAGCGUUCGAGUUGCUCACGCAGGCCACACGAAUGCUGCGCGAGCACUACUUUGUAAAGCACGAGAAAGCUCGCCAGGAGAUAGAGCGGCGUGUUCACGUGCUUCGUCUGCUGAAAGACCAACAGUUGAACGAAAUCUCGCUGCUGCAACAGGAGAAACUACAAAUUCGUGAAACGGCUGAACGCCUAGCUGAAAACUACGAAGACAUCUGCGACAAGCACAGCGCUCUGUUCAAAAGAGCACAGGAAGUAGUCCGUCUGGCAACGUUGCGUCUACCGAAGGGUUCCUUCUCGGAGAAAAAGUACGCCGAUAUGAUUGAGAAAAUAGCCAACGCUACCAAGCAGCUGCAAAAGAACGUGGACCAGGCUAAGCAGAAAAUAGCUGCCCAGCAGGUGCUGACGGACCAGAACCAGAGGACACUGAACGAGCGAGCGAUUGCACUGCCCAGCAAGCAGGAGAACAUCAUCAAGCAGAUACUUGGUGAAAUGUACGUUCAAAUCGAAGGUUACGUGCGGGAUGUUAAGAAAAUCAACAACAUACUGAAUUUGGCUUAAAAGGUGACCCGACGCGGUAGUCGUCAUCGCUCUUGGUAAACUCUUGACACUGAUUUUGAUUGUACCAUUUUAUUCUAGUUGUAGAACUUUGUUUGUACCUUUCUUACUGGUUAACCGAAUAAACUACAUUACUGGCUAGCGUUUA